AUGGAUUUCUCCAAGUUCCUGGAUGAUGACUUUGAUGUGAAGGACUGGGUGAACGGCGCCUUCACGGUGGUGCAGAAGGAGGCUCCGGGCAAGGCGGACACCCACGCAGCCACGCUGGUCAUGAAGCUGCAGCUCUUCAUCCAGGAGGUCAACAAUGCCAUCGAGGAGAGCAGUCACCAGGCCCUCCAGAAUAUGCCCAGAGUGCUGCGAGAUGUGGAGGCCCUGAAGCAGGAGGCCUCCUUCCUGAAGGAGCAGAUGGUCCUCGUGAAGGAGGACAUCAAGAAGUUCGAACAGGACACUGUCCAGUCCAUGCAGGUCCUGGUGGAAAUCGAUCAGGUGAAGAGUCGAAUGCAGCUGGCCGCCGAGGCCCUGCAGGAGGCGGACAAGUGGAGCACGCUGAGCGCAGACAUCGAGGAGACGUUUAAAACUCAGGACCUGGAAGUUAUUUCCUCCAAGCUGACCAGCAUGCAGAACAGCCUGGCCAUGCUGGUGGACACGCCCGACUAUUCUGAGAAGUGCGUCCACCUGGAGGCUCUGAAGAACAGGCUGGAGGCCAUGGCCAGUCCGCAGAUCGUAGCGACCUUUAACUCCAUGUCUAUAGACCAGGCCAAGCUGUUUGUUAAGGUCUUCAUGGAGAUCGACAGAAUGCCCCAGCUUCUGGCGUACUACUAUAAGUGUCAUAAGGGACAUUUGGUGAGCAUGUGGCAGGACCUGUCUCAGAGCGAGCUCAGUCUGAACCAGCAGCUGUCUGAGUUCUACGACACGCUGCUCUCCACCUGGCAUUCCCAGGUCCAGUGGAGCAGCCAGGUGUUUAAGAACCCCUACGAGGUGGUGACGGUCCUGCUGAUCCAGACCCUGGGGGCCAUGGUGCCGUCCAUCCCCGUGUGCCUGAGCUCAGCCAUGGAGCGGGCCGCCCAGGAGCAGCGCCUGGACACCCUGCUGGAACUCCACCAAACCGCAUCCAACUUUGGCCGCAGCCUGGAGGCGGCCAUGCUUCCACACCUAGGUGAGAACAACCUGCUGAAGGUGAGCGAGUUGGUCUGCGCGCUGUACGAUCCCUACAAAUCCUACCAGCUGCAGUACGGAGAGCUGGAGGAGGCGUACCUCCUCAUCCAGAUCAGCGCCGUGCCUCUGGAACACGGGGAGGUAAUCGACUGCGUGGAAGAGCUGAGCCACUCCGUAGGCAAGCUGUUCGGCCUGGCGGGCGGCGCCGUGGAGCGCUGCGUCAGGCUGACGGACGGACUGGCCGUGUGCGGCCUCCUCCGAGCCCUCAAAGCCCUCUUCACCAAGUACGUGUCGGACUUCUCCACCACGCUGCAGUCCAUCAGAAAGAAGUGCCGACUGGAGGAAACGCCGAGCUCCUCUGUCUUCCAGGAGGACUGGACGGCCUUCCAGAACUCAGUCCGGAUCAUCGCCACAUGUGGAGAACUGCUGCGGCAGUGCGGCGCCUUCGAGCAGCAGCUGUCCAACAAGAUCCUGGGCACAGCAGGUAAGUACUUAUCGGAGUCGUACAGCCCGCGCAGCCUGGCCGGCAUCCAGGAGGCCAGCUCUGCAGACCGGAAAAACGCCGCUAAGAACCCCUGGCAGGAAUACAACUACCUUCAGAGGGGAAACGUAGCUGAAUACAACAGCCUGAUGGAGAUCCUGUAUUCGCUGAAGGAAAAGGGAACGGGCAACUCCAGCCUGCUGGCCGAACCCAGAGCGGCUCUGACCAGACUCAACCAGCAGGCCAACCAGCUGGCCUUCGACUCCGUCUUCCUGCAGAUCAAACACCAGCUCUGCCUCGUCUCCAAGAUGGAGUUUCAGGACGGUUCUGGGAUCGGAGAGAGCUACACUGAAGACCUGCCCACUUUCAGCCUGUCACCACAAGAAUAUAUCACCAAUAUUGGACAGUACCUGAUGUCUCUGCCACUUCACCUGGAGCCCUUUGUGACCCAGGAGGACCCUGCACUAGAGAUGGCCUUACAUGCCGGGAAGCUGCCUUUCCCUCCAGAGCAAGGUGAUGAGCUUCCUGAGUUGGACAACACAGCGGACUACUGGCUGGGCUCCAUCGCCAGAGCAACCAUGCAGACCUACUGCGACGCCAUUUUGCUCAUCCCCCAGCUCUCCUCCCGCUCUACAAAGCAGCUGGCCACAGAUAUCGAGUAUCUGAGCAACGUUAUGGAUGCUCUGGGCCUGCAGCCGUCCCGCACCCUGCAGCACAUCGUGACGCUGCUGAGGGCGAAACCUGAAGACUACAGACAGACGGCCAAACUGCUGCCGCGCCGCCUGGCCUCCACGCUCGCCGCUCUGCGCUCCAUCGACUACUAGCUGCGAGGAAGGACUCUGUGGGCGGAGCCUCAGGUGUUUAGGAAGCAAUGUCACUAACGCCUGUCUCACGUGUUGCGGUUCGCUAAUUCUUUUUGUAUUUUCUGCCAUUUUGGGAAGUUGUAGUUCAGAUGAGAACAGAAGAAACUGAAACACGGGUGUUCCUUACGUUUUUUUUCCUCCUCCUAACGCAUUUAAGCCAAGUUUCUACUUCAAUAUUUUGUUGCCGGUAAUGAUGCCUUCAGUUUAAGCCAACAGAUCCAUAUACUGUAUCUUACAUCUUAUAUAAGACUAUUUCGUAGUUGCUGCAUUUAUAACGGGGAGGGGGGCUGAAGAGACGACGUCAAUUCUCCAUGAUCCAUAUAUCUGAUUAACUCUAUCAUCCUAAUAUAAUUGAUCUGGGCUAUUAAACUAUCCAGAGGUGGGAUUUUGUGUAUAUCUGGCUUAGUUUGUUGUUCUCAUAUUUCUCCAUGUUAAAAAAGAAUCAGAGUAUAUUUGUUGUUGUUUUUUUGUUAUUUUUGGGGGGAGGGGGGGGGGGUGACUGAUUGUCUCCAUAUUGGAUAGAAAGAGAUUUGAUUGUGAAAAUCUGUAUUAUAAAAACCUGAUUACACUAUGA